AUGAUACGGACACUAAACAGCGCGUCAUUUGCUGCCUUAUUUGCAACGGUGCCAAAGUCCACGACAUGCAGAACAGCUAGAAUACACAGUACGUAUGAUGUGGCUGUGGUGGGUGGCGGCAUCGUGGGCCUGGCCUCAGCCAGAGAGCUCAUCCUCAGACACCCCACGCUUAGCUUCAUUCUGCUGGAGAAGGAGAAGAACCUGGCCAUCCACCAAAGCGGCCACAACAGUGGUGUGAUCCACAGUGGGAUUUACUAUACCCCCGGGUCUCUGAAGGCCCGUCUCUGUGGCAAAGGGGCCACUAUGGCCUACGAAUACCUGGACAAGAAAGGACUCCCCUAUAAGAGGUGUGGAAAGCUGAUCGUCGCUGUGGAGCGAGAGGAGAUUCCCAGGCUCAAAGCGCUGUACGAGCGAGGACAGAAGAACAACGUGCGUGACCUCACCAUGAUAGACGCCAAGGGGAUCCGAGAGAGAGAGCCCUACUGCAGGGGUCUGAUGGCCCUGGACUCUCCUUACACUGGCAUCGUGGACUGGAGGCUGGUGUCACUGGCGUAUGGCAAGGACUUCCAGGAGGCAGGAGGGACCGUGGUUACUGAAUAUGAGGCCAGUGACAUGGCCAUGGUGAAGGAAAGCCCCGCUGGUAACACUGACGGAAUGAAAUAUCCCAUCGCUAUCAGAGAUUCAAAGGGUACGGAGGUAAGGUGUCGGUAUGUGCUGACCUGUGGUGGUCUGUACUCUGACCGCCUCGCUCAGAUCUCUGGCUGCAGUCCAGACCCUCGCAUUGUCCCCUUCAGAGGAGAUUACCUGGUCCUGAAGCCUGAGAAACACUACCUGGUCCGGGGCAACAUCUACCCCGUUCCUGACCCUAGGUUCCCCUUCCUGGGGGUCCACUUCACCCCGCGGAUGGACGGCAGUGUUUGGCUGGGUCCCAACGCCGUCCUGGCCUUUAAACGAGAGGGAUACAAGCUGUACGACUUCGAUGCCCGGGACUUUGGAGAUGCACUUUCAUUCAGAGGUCUGCAGAAACUGGUGAUGAAUAACCUAGUGUAUGGUGUUGGAGAGAUGUACAGAGGGGUGUUCAUCGGAGCACAGGUCAAGAUCUUAAAGAAGUUCAUCCCAGAGCUGUCUCUAAGCGACGUCCUCAGGGGUCCAGCAGGGGUGAGGGCCCAGGCUCUGGACCGCGAUGGGAACCUGGUAGAUGACUUUGUGUUUGACGUUGGUGUCGGGGAUGUGGGCAGCAGGGUCCUCCAUGUACGCAACGCUCCCUCGCCCGCCGCCACCUCUUCCCUGGCCAUAGCAGAGAUGGUAGCAGACGAGGUGGAGAGACGUUUCAGCCUCUAAAAACUCUAGAGGCGCUCUUCGGAUGCUUACCAAAUGGCAUCCCAUUCCCUACUUUUUGAGUUCUGCGCACAACUUUUGACCAGAGCCCACAGGGAAUAGGGUGGCAUUUGGGGCGUACUUACACUUCCCCAGUGGAAGGAAGUAACAACAUUAUAUCACAUCUAGUGAUAUAGUGAAGUGUUGAUGAUGCUGAUCUCAGGUCAGUUCUGCAUUUUCCCCAAUGGUUAGUUUGGAGUGGGGGUGAGUGUAAGCUGAUCCUGGAUCUGCGCCAAGGGGCAACUUCACCAGGAAAUGAUCCAUCCAAUCUGUUAACUACUGCUCACUGGUCCAGCAUCUGCGUCAGCAGAGUGAGGUUACAAAAAAUCCGCUAACUUUCCAAAAUUCCCAGGUUUUCCAGAAAUCCAGAUUGGAGGAUUCCAGGAUUAUCUGCUUAGUUCCUCCUUAAUUGCAGGAAUAAUCCAACAGGGAUUUCUGGAAAACUCGGGAGGUUUGUAAAGGUUACUGGAAUUUGCAACCCGACAGCAGAGUGGUCAGGCCAGAAUGGAGUAGACAGAGCAGCAUGUACUGAACAGAGCAUGUAAAGUGCGUUCGGAAAAUAUUCAGACACCUUGAUUUUCCCCCCCACCCCACCCUAAAUUUGGUUACGUUACAGCCUUAUUUCCCUCAACACACACAAUACCUUAUAAUGACAAAACGAAAACACGUUUUUAGAAAUACUUUCUGAAUGCUUUCUGAAUGCAUUGUAGAUGAGAAGAUUAGAGGGUAAUUGUGGUCUAUAGGAUCCCUUAAGAAGCAAAGGGCCUAGACUGGGGUUGAAUAUUUUCCCAGUGUUUUACAUGUUCCGUCCCGAGAAUAAAUCACUUUUCUCCGUGGUAACCCGGUAUUUCCCAUCAAAACCGGAAGUGUCAUUCAAAAGCAUUAUAAAGCAUAUAAGUAGGUCCAUGUCUGGUUUUGAAUAGAGCUUUGAUAGAAAAUUCAACCCUGGGGCCCUCCUGAGUGACGCAGCGGUCUAAGGUACUGCAUCGCAGUGCUCGAGGCGUCACUACAGACCCUGGUUCGAUCUCAGGCUGUCACAACCGGCCGCGACCAGGAGUCCCAUAGGGAGGUGCACAAUUGGCCCAUCGUCGUCCGGGUUAGGGGAGGGUUUGGAAAGGGGGGGGGGGGGGUUUACUUGAAUCAUUGCGAUCUUACGACUCCUUGUGGUGGGCCGGGUGCCUGCAGGCUGACUUCAGUUGUCAGUUCAAUGGUGUUUCCUCCGACACAUUGGUGCAGCUGGCUUCCGGGCUAAGCAGUUAUGACCCACCAAGCUGCGCUUCCUGUUUCGGAGGACGUAUGACUCGACCUUCGCCUCUCCCAAGCUCGUUGGAGAGUUGCAGCGAUGAGACAAGAUCGCAAUUGGGGAGAAAAUGGGGGUAAAAUACCCAAAAAUUAACUAAAAUAUUAAGAAAAUUCAAGCCUGAUGGGUCCUACAUUAAAGACAUUUAAUGAGCCCAAUCCCCCAAAAAGCCCAAAUAAUUGUGCUGUUUUCCAAUAGAUAUAUCAUAUAGGCUACUGCACAUUACACAUGACAGAAAAACAUAAAUUCCCAUAGAUGGAGCUAUAGAUGAAGCUAGCUAUAUGCUCUCUUGGGUAAAUAAAACUAGCUCCAGUUGGCUAAUAUGUUUUGAGUGUGAACUGUAUUACUGUACUGUAUUAUAUUAAAUGGACUAGAAUUACAUACAUCCUUCGACCCAUGAUAAGCAGGGAGAGAGAACAUGCGAUUCUGGUGCAGCACAUGCGGCCUACAAAGUUACAAGUAUAGGCUAGCGAUUUCGAUUUAUAAUUUUGAAAUAUAAUAGUGCCUAUUUGCAUAAUUAGUAGGCUGACGCAUAUGGAGCUUUCAUAUUUCCCCCUUAUGUCAUUAGCCUACGUCCUCUCUCUAUUGUUGCUUCAUUCCUUACCUGGUUUUCAACAGUUAAAUGAAAUGUUUCGUGUCCUAAAUCAUUCUAAUGACAUCCUUGAAUAAUAUAGGACUAGAAUUCGAUGCAGAAGGCUUUCACUUCUCUUCACGAAGAUUGAAGGGUUCUGGGUCUGAAUAAAUAACGGCUAUAGUCUACCGCCAUCACUCUUUCAAACGAUGUGGAUGAUAGGUCUACGUGCACUGUGGACUGCGUUCCAGACUGAGCAGGGCUGCAUGAUGGAUGAAUGUGGAUGAUAGGUCUACGUGCACUGUGGACUGCGUUCCAGACUGAGCAGGGCUGCAUGAUGGAUGAAUCAACGAGCAGGGUGGGGACAGAGGCCGUAGAGAAGACACAUUUAGACAUCGCAUAUAAUUUAACACUUCCAUUUCACCGCAUGCUGUUCAUAUAAAUAAUGUAUUAUAAUUUAUCGGGUUCUCACAGUUAUUUAUCCGGGGGGAAAUGAGUGGUUUUGGCCAGUAAAUCUCAGUAACCGUGUUCGCGCCGUUCAACCCAUGUCCAUGCUACCGAGGACCAGUUUUCCAGACACAGAUUAAAUCUAAUCUUGGACUAAAAAGCAAAUAAAAUGGAGAAUCUCCGUAGAAAUAGCUUUUAUACCGACCCCUUAAACGUUUGAAAUGUAGUUGGAUGCACCAAAAAUGAGUUGGUUGCACAGAUGAUGCCAAGAAUUCACCAAGAAUGUUCUAAAUUAAAGACCUGCUCCACUGUGGUCCUGUAUUCUCAUGUGAUCCCUCUCAUUGCUUUGGUUUUGGAUAAUGACAAUGUACAGGAGCGCUAAAAAUAUGUUUGUGUUCUCCACCAUUUCUGCUUUCUGAUUUUUUUUUUUUUUUUUACGCACUGAUUUUAGGAUGUUUAAAACCAUUUAUUUUAUAAUAAACUGAAAAUAUUUAUCAAAGUUUUGCGGUAAGAAUACUGCCAUUUUUCAUUUUGCCGCAGUCACAUUCUUUGACAGUGAUUGUUUUUGAAAAACGGUGUGAUUUUGUUAGCCUCUUUACUGAGAUGAUAUGAAACGGUUUAAUGAAUUUGUCUACGAAUUAUAAUUCUCUCAUUUUGAGAUGUGUGAUGUGUGAGGUGUACAACUCCAGAGACAAAAGUUUAUUACAGAAAUUCUAUGUAUUUUAAAUAAAUGACUUUUCCCAUUA